AUAAGUAAUGAGAAUGGAUGAUGAAAGAAAGGCAAUGGAAGAGGUUAUGGGAGGUUGUGAGUUUGCUAAACAACUUAGGCAAGUAUUGCUCAAUAAUGAUAAUAAUAAUGAGUUGACAACAACAAUCUCAUUAGCCAAACAUCUUGUCAACAAAGUCAUCAACUCCUUUAACAAUACCCUCUUCCUCUUGGAAAAACAUAUCCCCUCCAUUGGUCCAACUAGAUCUAUGGACUUCAAAAAAAGUUGUAAGAGUACUUCCACACCAAAAGGAUAUUACCAAAGAAGAAAAACUACACAAACAUGGGAGAAUGUGACAAAAACUCUGACAGAUGAUGCCCAUCAAUGGAGAAAGUAUGGUCAAAAGAAGAUCCUCAACUCUCAAUAUCUAAGGAACUACUAUAGGUGUACUUACAAAUUUGAUCAAAGAUGCCAAGCAACCAAACAAGUGCAUAGAAUUCAAGAAAAUCCUCCUUUGUAUAAGACCACUUAUUAUGGUCAUCACACUUGUCAUAACUUACUCAAUCAUGACAUCAUACUUCAUCCCACUUCUCCUCAUGACACUUCAUCCAUAUUGCUUAGCUUUAACAACACAUUCCCAACCAAACAAAAUUGUCAUUUUUUGUCCUCAGAUUCAGUGGAGUGUAAGGAGAAAGUUUCCUCAUCUUCCUUAGAUGAUUAUUUGCUCUUCCUUGAUCCCAUUUUAGAUAAUUUAGAGUAUGUUAGUCCUAUAUCAUCAAAACUUGAUUAUGAUCACAAGGAUGACUUUCAACCUUAUGAUUGGUCUUGAUGAUCUUUGUUUCUUAAAUUAUGUUAGAAUUAUAUUGUAGUAAAUCAAUUUCUCAAAUCCAUUUUUCAUGUACAAGAAGUUAAUAAAAGGAGUUUGAAAUUAUUUCUUACUGUCUAACUAA